UACCAAUAAUUGGAACACGGGUUGGGUCGGGUUCUACGGGUUGUGUAAUCCAAAAUCCAAACCCAACCCAAAAGAGGCGGGUUGUACAAAAGAAAACCCUCACCCAACCCAAAAUCUUCGAUUUAGCGAUAAAUACGGGUGGGUUGGGUCGGGUUGGACGGGUGAGUCGGUUUGCGGGUGUGUUUGUUCACCCCUACUUGAUAGUAGUUUGCGUAUGAUUAAAAAAUAUAAGUGGUAGUCUAUAUUAUUCAAACCUAGGACACUACUAUUAUUAAACAUAUUCUCCAUUAUGUUAUAAUUCAUGUGUUGUUCUAUUUUAAACAUUAUGUAAUAGUAAUAACAUGAUUCCUUAUCUCCAGGAUACCCCUUAUUUGAAUUGAUUUUAUGGUUACAACUUACACGAAGUGGAUGAAGUAGAAUAUGCGAUCCACUAGGAGAGGAAGAAACCGGAAAAAUCAACUUUCAACUUUGAUUUUUGAGUUAUCUCAUAAACAAUGUUAGAAAUUGAAUAUGCGAUCAGUUUGUGAAUUAUUGUCUAGUAGAAUAUACAGAUUUGUUGAGCAGUGUAGACACCGAAUCUAUUUUAUAUUUUUUCACAAUAUGAAAACACAUCGUGGUUUUUUGUUAAAAUUUAUACUAAUUGGAUAUUUUCUAAUUUAUGAAUUAUUUAAUUAUUAAUUUAAUUUAAUUUUUGGAAGAGGAGUAGAGGACGCACUACAAAAAAUUUAUGAAUCCGCCGCUGCCCAACUCCUUUUUGCAAUCAAAAGGUAACUUUUAUUUACCAAAUACUCAAAAGAAUAAAGUUAAUAAUCCCUGAAUGAUGCAUGCAAAAUGGGAAACGGAUAAAAGAGAUUAGCCGCGGUUAAUCACGUUUAGCACCGUGCUCGGUCGGACUUGGGUUCUAGCACGACUUAAUAAUACUUUAACUUUUUUUUUUUGGGUAAGAGAUAAUACUUAAUUAUAAUAAUACUAAUAGUUAUUUUCUCACUAUAGUAAUACUUAUUAUAUUUAAUAUUUUUAAGUGAUCUAUUGGUAAAAAAAAAAUAUUUAAUAUUUUUAUGAUAAUUUAUGAUUACACAAUUCUUUUUAAAUUUAUAUUUAAUAGAAAAAGGAAGAAAAGUGGCGAUCGUCCGUACUUUCCCGUAUUCCGCCUGAAAAUUCGUGCGGGCCACGGAACAGACUGGACGACUUCCCUUCCACAUUCCAUUUCCCUCUCUCGCUUCUACCAGGGCAGGUAAAAGCUGCAGCAACCAUUCGUACAGCGACACCGCUACUCUCUCUCUCUCUCUCUCUCUCUCUCUCUCUGCGUGGGGACUGCUGGAGAGUUGAAUUUUCAAUCACGCCCGCAUAUUUAAAGAAAGCUUCCAUCACAAAUAUGCGGAGAUCAGUAAUUGGAGGUGCCAAACGUACUACUACUGCUUGUCUCUUCCUUCUCAAUCACGCUCAUCAUCGCUCUCUCCUUCCUCCUCUGCACCACCGUCUUGAUUCUUCUUCCUCCUCCUUCUCCGGCGACUCUCAUCCUCCUCCUCCGCUUCUUCCCCCUCUCCUCCCAACAUGCCGAACCCCGUUUCCGUCCAAUCCAUCAACCCCAAGGUUUUGAAAUGCGAAUACGCGGUUCGUGGAGAGAUUGUCAUCCUCGCUCAGCGCCUGCAAGAAGAGUUGAAGGCUAAACCUGGUUCCCUUCCUUUUGAUGAGAUUCUCUAUUGCAACAUUGGAAACCCUCAGUCUCUUGGUCAGCUCCCUAUAACCUUCUUCCGAGAGGUUCUUGCGCUCUGUGAUCAUCCUGCGAUUUUGGACAAAGCUGAAGCACAGGGCCUGUUCAGUGCUGAUUCCAUAAAGCGAGCAUGGCAGAUUCUUGACCAAAUUCCUGGGAGAGCAACUGGAGCAUAUAGUCAUAGUCAGGGAAUCAAAGGAUUACGUGAUACGAUUGCUGCUGGUAUUGAAGCUCGUGAUGGAUUUCCUGCUAAUCCAAAUGAUCUGUUUCUCACAGAUGGUGCUAGUCCAGCUGUGCACAUGAUGAUGCAAUUAUUGAUAGGCUCCGAAAAAGAUGGACUUCUAUGUCCCAUUCCUCAGUAUCCUUUGUACUCUGCUUCCAUUGCUCUCCAUGGUGGUAGUCUGGUCCCUUACUAUCUUGACGAAGAAACUGGCUGGGGCUUGGAAGUUUCUGAACUGAAGAAGCAAUUAAAGGAAGCUAGGUCAAAGGGUAUCACUGUUAAGGCUCUGGUUGUUAUAAAUCCAGGCAACCCAACUGGACAGGUUCUCGCGGAGGAAAACCAGCGGGCUAUUGUGGAGUUCUGCAAGCAAGAGGGUCUUGUUCUUUUAGCAGAUGAGGUUUAUCAGGAAAAUGUCUAUGUUCCUGAGAAGAAAUUUCACUCAUUUAAGAAGGUUGCCCGAUCUAUGGGCUAUGGUGAUAAUGAUUUGUGUCUAGUAUCUUUCCAGUCUGUCUCUAAAGGGUACCAUGGAGAGUGUGGAAAGAGAGGAGGCUACAUGGAGGUCACGGGUUUUAGUCCGGAAGUCAGAGAGCAGAUAUACAAAUUGGCGUCUGUGAAUCUCUGCUCUAAUAUUUCAGGCCAAAUCCUUGCAAGUCUUGUUAUGAGCCCGCCCAAGGUUGGAGAUGAAUCUUAUGAAUCAUAUUCUGCCGAGAAAGACGGAAUUCUUAAAUCUCUGGCUAGGCGUGCCAAGACACUGGAAGAUGCAUUCAAGAGUUUAGAGGGAAUAACAUGCAACAAAGCAGAGGGAGCAAUGUAUCUUUUCCCCCGCAUCAAGUUGCCUGAAAAGGCAAUCAAAACUGCAGAAGCUGCGAAGACUGCCCCUGAUCUAUUUUAUUGUCGUCGUCUCCUCAAUGCUACUGGAGUGGUUGUGGUCCCUGGUUCUGGCUUUGGUCAGGUUCCUGGGACGUGGCACUUCAGAUGUACCAUUUUGCCACAGGAGGACAAGAUUCCGGCCAUUGUCUCGCGCUUGACAGCCUUCCACAAGAGCUUCAUGGAUGAGUACCGUAAUUAGAGAGAGGAUUGUUGUACUUACCAUCUGGACCUCGGAAGGAAGUAGCAGAAUAAUAAGAUUGCACUCGUUUCAAUUUUCCCGAUGUUGCGAGUUCUCUUUUCUCCAGAUUAUAGACAACUGAAUAAGUGGCAGCUGCCUUCACUUGGAGGGUAUGAUUGAUGUAUAGCUUAAAGGAUCCAUUGGUCAUAUAUUGCGCUCAAUUUUGGGUUUUGAAACGAAUAGCUUAUGGCUAGCUUAAAGUUUGCUGUCUUUGUGUAUGUGCUGUUAAAAUGAAAAAUGAAUGAUGACCUUCCUUAUGGCAAACUGACGAUGGCUACACACGGCCACACUUAUCAUUAAGCAAAAUCAAACUGCACCAGGCGAGCGCAUUCUUUACCAUUUGGUUUACAUUUUGUAGCCUAUUGCUUAUCAUAUGUCAACUCAUUGGGAGAAGCAGCAGAUGCACCUUGCUUCCAUUUAUCAAAAGAAGAAACUGCAGCAGAUAACAUGUAGAUAAAAGAAAUCCCAGCUAACAUGAACUAAAGAUUAUCCGAGUAGUGAAGUUAUCUUUGACGUCAUUCUCACAGGUCGCAAGAAGAAUAGUCGGUCGAAGAAGAAAACUAGGAUACAUUCCAAGUUUAUGGAGGAAACAUGCGGCGUAGUUGCUUCAUAAGUGACUGAUGACAGGCUACAGGCAAACAUACAUGAAUAUAAUCCUAUCUCACCAUAAAGCAACAAAUUGACA